AUGGAAUCAUUCAAUGGCUUUUACGAUGUUGUGACUAUUAUGAUCGGUUUUACUUUGCUUUUCACAACCUCAUUGUGUUCUGAAAUUUCUCAGCCACCUUCUGGAGGUCCUUUUAAUGAUGUUGCUUCUGCCCCAAAGCCAUUGUCGCCGUAUGAGAAGUAUUUAACUAAUUGUGCAAGCAAAUUAAAGCCUGCAGAAUGUGGUAAACAAAUAUUCUCUGGUGUAUUUGUUGGAAAUCAGAUUAUUAGUGAUUAUUGUUGUCAUAGCCUUGUGAAUGAUGUUGGAAAAUCAUGCCAUUAUGACUUGACAAGAAAUGCACUCCAAUGGCCAGCAUAUGCCAAAAACAAAACUGAAAUUUUGAAGAGGAAUGACAAAGUUUGGAACGAUUGCAUUGCAGUUCAUCCCAUUUUACCUUGA